UACAUAUAUAAGGAGGCCUAAGCCUAAGGUGGCGGCCUUCUUACUCCAUCUAUCUAUGUGAUUGAAUUAAGAAGAAAGGGAAAGAGAUAUAUCGAUCAUGGGAAGAAAAGCAAGUAAAGGUGGUGGUGGUGGUGGUGGUGGUGGUUGUUCAUCCAUAGACAGCAACAGCAACAGCAAUUACCAUCCUUCUCUCUCUUCUGUUUCUUCUUCUUCUCCAUCUUCUCUAAUCUGUGACAAUAAAAAUCAGCUCCCCAAAACAAGCAAGGAUUUGAGCACUGAUCUCAGGCUUGGUCUCAACAUCUCCCCACCCUCUCCUAAUUCCCAAUUUCAUCAAAAUCAAGAUUAUUUCUCUUCCUCUUCUUCAAGCCCUGUCCACCCAAGGAAGCAAAGGUUGAGUUGGCCGCCGAUCAAGCCACUUUUGAGAAGCAGGGUUGCAUCGGAGAAUGCAAAUACCCAAUUCUAUGCGGCUGCAGCCUUGUUUGUGAAGGUGUACAUGGAAGGCAUUCCCAUUGGUAGAAAAUUGGAUCUCUUCGCCCACCAAGACUAUCAUAGCUUAAUCACAGCCCUUUCCCAUAUGUUCAACACCGCCAUCCUCUGUCCUGAUGCUGAUGGAGUUCAUUCUGCCAAAUAUCAUGUUUUAACUUAUGAAGACAAGGAAGGAGACUGGAUGAUGGUUGGAGAUGUUCCUUGGGAAAUGUUUUUGACCACUGUGAAGAGACUGAAGAUCACCAGAGGAGACAGAUGCUAGCUAUAUUUAUAGUUGAUAUUCAUUCCAAAUACACCCCCCCUCCAUCACCUUAAUUCUCUUUUAUACAAUCUUUUCUUCUAAUUGGGUGGCAACACCUAAUUUAAAAAUAGAAAGGAAUAUGCUUAAAAUUAUACUAGAUAUUGUGCAUUCCAACAACAGAUCACCAUAUAUAAAUUAAGCAUCUUACUUUUAUUUUA